GUUUGGUUUCCUUGUCAACGGAAGAUGAAGUGAACAACUGAACAUCUCCCCAGUGCAGUUGUGCUAGUUUACUGAUGAACACAACAGAAGAUUGCCUGGAAUAUCUAUUCUGCAUUCAGAAAAUCCAGAAUGUCUUGCCACGGCUGAAGUCAAGUGAGCCAACCAUGACCGGCAAAACACAGACCAGUAAUGUCACCAAUAAGAAUGAUCCCAGAUCCAUCAACUCUAGAGUCUUCAUUGGUAAUCUUAAUACAGCCAUUGUCAAAAAAGGAGAUAUAGAAGCAAUCUUUGCAAAGUAUGGAAAAAUAGUUGGCUGUUCAGUGCACAAAGGUUAUGCAUUUGUACAAUACAUGAGUGAGAGGCACGCAAGAGCUGCUGUGGCAGGGGAAAAUGCCAGAAUCAUUGCAGGACAACCAUUGGACAUUAACAUGGCAGGGGAGCCAAAACCAUACAGACCUAAGCUGGGAACUAAGCGACCACUUUCUGCUCUCUACAGACUUGAAUCAAAAGAACCUUUCCUUUCUGUUGGUGGUUAUGUCUUUGAUUAUGAUUAUUACAGAGAUGAUUUCUACAAUCGGUUAUUUGAUUACCACAGCCGGGUUCCUGCCCCACCUCGUGCUGUGAUUCCAUUGAAGCGCCCACGAGUAACAGUCACAGCAACUCGCAGAGGAAAAGGAGUCUUCUCCAUGAAAGGGACAUCAAGGUCUACAUCAAGUGGAGCUUCUUCAUCAGGAUCAAAAUUGAAAUCAGAUGAAUUGCAGACAAUCAAGAAGGAAUUAACGCAGAUCAAAACAAAAAUUGAUUCUUUGCUAGGGAGACUGGAGAAGAUUGAAAAGCAGCAGAAAUCAGAAGUCCAAAAGAAACAAAUAGAAGACUGUGUAGAGUUGAUCCAAGAAGAGUGCAUAUCAGACAAUGCCGACAACUCUACAGAAGAGCCUAUUGAAGGAGGGCUGGAUGGCGAUGGAGAAGAAAUGACAGAUGGGAUAGAGGAAGAUUUUGAUGAGGAUGGUAGUAAUGAGCUGUUUCUACAGAUCAAAUGAAUUGGGACCCUUACACAACCCUUUUGGAAGCUGAGAAGAUAAUUCAUAGACUUCCCUGUAUGAAAAUGUAAACUACAGUUUCUUGUCAGCUCGUAACAUCUUUGACUCAAUUUGUAUGAAGAACUGAAUUUACUUUUGGAAAUGGAGACCACCAUUCAAAAUUUUAAAACAUAUGUUUAAAACUAUGCGAUUGUCAUAUUUUUAUGGUUUAGACUGUAAAUGUGUUUCUCCUGGCUAAUCAUUGGUAUUUUUUUUUAAUUUUGAUGUCAGAUAGCCAAUGACUUGUAUGAUA